CCUCUACCAAAAUCCAAGCAAUCAAAUAAAUAUAUUAUAACAUGCAUAUACUUGCAUUCCAAUAGCAUUAGGGUUAGCAGCGUCAUGAAGUUAGACCUAAGGAGAGGUACGUUUCUACAAUACCAGAGAAACUAAAGAUUUUUAGGGUUUUACGAACAUACUUUAAGACACUGCGAUUGUGACCAACGCACAGACCUGACGGAUCAAGAGGAAUAUCAGAACAAAAAGGCGUUGAAACUAGUUUUUAUAUCGAACAACUGAGGGUUGCCGAAUCUAAAGCCAAAAGGAUAUGUCCAACCGAGUCAUAUAAACGUAGAAUGACUUAUUCUAUCAUUUCAAAAAAAAAUAAAAAAAAUUACUUCCUCUAUUCUUAAAUGACUCAUGUUUUAGAAAAAAAAAUCAAAAUACAAAAACUAAGUUUUCAAUGUAUUGUUUAAUGGUAAACUGUAAGCUUAAAAAAAAACUGUUUUUAUUGAAAAUCUAUUAGCUAAACAUUCUAGAAAAUAUUUAAUUACAACAAAAACAAUGUAUAGACAAUAAAACAUUAACAUGUUCAUUUAAUAUGUCUUAAAAUUUUUAAAUGAGGCUUUUUGGAACUGAUGGAGUACCAUUUAGGUUGUAACUGGUAAACAUAUUUAGGAAUUGGUGGAAUGAAAAUUAAUUGAAUAACAUUAAUGGAAUGUAGAGAAAAAAAUGGAAUAGAUUCAUUCCAUUCAUUCCUUAUCAAAAAAAUUUAUGGAUCUUUUUGUAAUUUGUCAAUUUAUUUUUAAAAUUGAUGGAAUGAUCAUUCUAUUCCAUUCAAGACAAAUGGUGAAUUUAUUUUUGAAAUUAAUGGAAUAAGUCAUCACAUAGCAUUUCAUUCCAAAUAUUGAUAAUCUAGUUGCACUCUUACUUUUAGCUUGAAUGAAAUAGUCAAUUUAUUAGUUCCAAAGUAAUUUUAGGUAAAAUACAAAGAGAAUUAUUCCAUAACAAAUUUGACGAAGAACAAAUGAAAUGAAUUAUGUUCUAUUUUUUCUAUAUUUCAUUCAUGCUACCCCACUAAUUUAUAUUCCAUCAAUUCUAAAGCACAUUUACAAUUACAACCUUAACCAUUCAUAAUUAUUAUUUUUGUUUUGUUUCUUUAUGCAUUAACUUAUUUCACGUGAUGAUAAUGUGAUGACUUAUGGGUUGUGAGGUAUUCAUUCCACAACACUUGAAUUAUUUUUCAGUUUCUCUGCCUAAAUAGAAACUGCCUAAAUCAGUGGACACUUUUUGUACAUAUUUAAUAUUGUAGCUUCGAAGUUGUAUCAAGAGAUAUGUUGUCUAGCGAGAGAGUAAGAUUUGGAGAUGUUUCCUCCUCCCAAGUCGUUUUGAGCAUUCAUUUUAGUGGAGAUAACACAUCGCCUAAUUCUUUGAGUGUGUAGCCUGAUUUUUGAUUAUAUGGUAUGCAACUUUUUAAAUUUGGAAAUUUCAAUAAUGCAUUGUUUGAGAAAAUGGACAAUUCAUAUUCAAAGCUAAGCAUAGAUUGGCUUAUGUACUCUCUAAGCUUUUACUCCCUGGUAUCAACUUCUCCGUGUGGCUCAACUUGUACAUGUGGUUGAGCUUCUCUUUAUUUCAUCUUUGUGGUAGAGAUUGAAGUAGCUUAACUCUAAUUUCUUUUGUCAAUAACUUAACUCUAAUUAAGAUGUUAUAUCUCUUCAAUAUUAUUAUGAUUUACAACUAAGCAAUCAAAUCUUAACUCUUCAAACCAGCAAAGCAAAGCUAGAGCAUGCAAUUGCAACUUCUGAUACAGCCAAUGCCCUAAAGAUAACUGCAGAUGCUAUGAAAAGUGCACUAGAAAACUUGUAAGUGAACUUGUAAGUUACAUUAAAUAUAUGGGUUCACUUUUGGAUUAUCUUCUCCACUUUUGGAUUCAUCAGCAUUUUCCUCAUAAUUUUGUAUCCUCUUCAUCUUUUUUUGUUUUGUUUUCUUGGUCUCAGUAGUCAUGAAUUAUCUCAUUUUAUUGGCAUUAUCUUUUCAACCACUUCCCAUCUUGGUCAAUGAUUCUCUGAUCCUCUCUGGCUUUUUUCGUCAUUCAUUCUUUCAUCUCUUUACCUAUCUUUUCAAUUAAAAAAAUCAGUUUACUUCAAUCAACGGUUUAUGAUGUUAAUCAAUAUUCUUCGCCAACCGAUUCAUAUCUCUAUUUUCAUCUGAAACUUAUUCAUGAAACUGUAAUAGUUUUUUGGUUAUUUUUUCAGUUGAUGUCUUAUUCAAAUCAUUCUGAUAGUUUUACGGAGCUAGAUUUUUUUAAUCUGGUGUCUAGUGACAUUUUUACUUUUACUUUGUUUUUCAUAUUAUAUCUUUGUAUGCUUUUGAUCCUAUCCUGAUCAUGGAUCCAAUAUAUAAACUUUUUUAUUUGAAAAAAAAAAUCCAUUUUUGAUUUUGAAUUUGCCUGGAUGAUAGCUAUUAGCUAGCAAUUUAACUUUACUAUAACUUCUCUGACAAAACCAAAAGUAACAAGAUUUGCAUCCGCAAGCACACCAUUCGUGUAGUAAGACAUAAGCACAUAAUUCUUACCCGAGUUCUAUAGUUCUAAAAUCACUUAUGUACUAAACAACAAUAAAGCGAAGAACAUCCUCAUUAUGGGAGUAAUUCGUAUAUUUCGACAUUAUUAUAUGUAAGUAAGAAUAAAUGUUUUGUAUAUUUAGAUUUUGUCAUGGUGCAUAAACCUCAAUAGGCCAUAGUUUUUUUAGUAGAUGUUGAGAUCGGGCUUCCGACUAACCAAAAUACACUAGUAGCGUGUAUGCACGUUACAAAGGUAGAUUCAACCUUGACUUUUUUUGGUCAAUAGAUUCAACCUUAAUUAAAGAUACAUUUUCUUCAACUAUAAUGUAUUAGACUAUUUAAUAUUUUCUUACCUAUAGAUAUACUUUAGCGUAUAUAUAAUUUAUAAAUUACGUGAAAACGUCAAUGAUAUUAAGACGGGCACUUAAUGCGCAGUAUGUCCUCUUGCCAGCUUGUUGCACCGUCCACCGUCUCCUCUCUCUAAAACCAUUCCUACUUCUCUCUCUCUCUAGAAACCAGAAGAAAGAGAGAAGCUAUAACGAUGUAUUCAGACGACGAAGGGAGAGAAGAAUAUCUGUUCAAGAUCGUGGUUAUCGGUGACUCGGCGGUCGGAAAAUCAAACCUCCUGUCACGGUACGCUAGGAACGAGUUCAGCGCGAAUUCCAAAGCGACAAUAGGUGUGGAGUUUCAGACGCAGAGCAUGGAUAUUGAUGGCAAGGAGGUUAAGGCUCAGAUUUGGGACACUGCUGGCCAGGAGCGCUUUCGUGCUGUUACAUCCGCUUAUUACCGUGGCGCUGUCGGUGCACUUGUUGUCUACGACAUUAGCCGCAGGAUGACCUUCGAGAGCGUCGGACGUUGGCUCGAUGAGCUCAAGAUUCAUUCUGAUACAACGGUGGCGAGAAUGCUGGUGGGGAACAAGUGCGACCUAGAAAACAUAAGAGCAGUGAGCGUGGAAGAAGGCAAAUCCCUAGCAGAAGCCCAAGGACUAUUCUUUGUAGAAACAUCGGCUCUUGAUUCAACUAACGUUAGAAUAGCUUUCGAGAAGGUCAUACUUGACAUCUACAACAACGUAAGCCGUAAGCAACUAAACUCGGAUACGUACAAAGAUAAACUCACUGUGAGUCGGGUAAGUCUCGUUAAGGACGAUGAUAACACUGACCCUAAACAAAGCUCCGGUUUCUCUUGCUGUUCCAGUUGAUACUCAAAUCACAAUCUAUUUUGAUUUUCUUCUCAUUUGUUUUUCUUCCUUUCUUUCUCAUUGUAACUGAUCAAAUUAUCGUUGUCUCAUAGAAAAAAAAAUGUAAUUCAUUCCUUUUCUAAUUUUGGAAAAUAUUUAAAUUAUAUA